GGCGGUCCUUGUCCUGCUCGCUCUGAUCGGCAGCCCGCUGCUCUUCCUGGGCUUGGCGUGGCUCUCGGCCGACGGCGCCGGGGGCGCAAGGAGCUGGGAGAAAGAGGGCAGAGCCGCGACGGACGACACCCCCAGAGUGAUGAGGUACCUCCGGACCCCCACUUAUGUCCACCUGGCUGCUCCGGUGGCCCCCAACAGAGCAACUCCUAAUCCAGUCAGAAUGCAGAUGUCUGAGCAAACCUCCAAAUGCAAGACUAUAUGGAGUAACAAUUGGUCAUCAUCAAUCAAGAAGAAAAGAUAUUCUGAAGAUUAUUAUUUACAAAUAGUUGGGAAACUUCACAACUGUACCUGGAAUAGGAGGCCACAAGAAUACGCCAAAUUCAGGGCAGAGCUUGCUUCAUGCUGUGAUGCUGUUCAUAACUUUAUUGCUUCUCAAAAUAAUACCCCACUGGGAAGCAACAUGACUUAUGAAGUGGACAAUAAAAAAACUAUCCACAUUACAGAGGACAUAUUCCGGAUGUUGCCAGAGUCUCAGCCUCUGGAUUUCCCUUUCAAGCACUGUGCAGUUGUUGGAAAUGGAGGGAUCCUUAAGAGCUCCAAUUGUGGAGCUGAAAUUGAUAAAUCUGACUUUGUGUUUAGGUGCAACCUUCCCCCAACCAGUGGAAGUGUCAGUCAAGAUGUUGGCAAUAAGACAAACCUUGUAACUGUUAACCCAAGCAUUAUUGCCCAGAAAUAUAACAAAUUGAAUGAUCAGAAAGCCACCUUCCUGGAAAACAUUGCAAGCUAUGGAGAAGCUUUCCUUUUGCUACCUGCCUUUUCCUUCAGGAGCAACACAGCAGCAUCUUUCAAAGUACAUCACACCCUGAAAGAGUUCAGUGCAAAGCAGAAGGCCAUAUUUUUCUAUCCCAGGUAUCUCAAAAGUCUUGCCCAGUUCUGGAGGACUAAGGGUGUCAAAGCCUACCGGCUGUCUUCUGGCUUCAUGAUCACCAGUGCAGCGGUGGAACUCUGUGAGAAUGUGAAGCUGUAUGGUUUCUGGCCUUUCUCCAAAAACAUAGCAGGCAUCCCCAUAAGUCACCACUACUAUGACAACCAACUUCCAAAGCCUGGUUUCCAUGCUAUGCCCAAAGAGUAUAACCAGAUUCUCCAGCUCCAUGGAAGAGGUAUCCUCAAGCUGCAGUUUGGCAAAUGUCUGACAGAGUAGCCAAAGGUAUGUUUUUGCUUCAGGAAGGGGGACACUUUCUUCUGUCAAGGUCCUGAUUCCCAUCUUGGUGGAGGAGAGAACAGUUUAGUGAAGGGUGAUGCCAGAAAUGGUUGAUUCUGGAGCUCAAAUUGGAUUGUAAAAGCUCCUUUCUCUCUGUCUUUCUGACAUUCCAUUUUCUUUCUUUGUGACAGCCCUUUUGUUUCUAACAUUCCCUUGUCUGAUUCUCUCUGUUUCCCCCACUCAUUGACACUGCCCAAAAGUUGAACUUAUUGCCUACAAAGGCUUUCUGAAAUGAGGACAACUGCACAGAAUUAGGGUGAGAACCAGAGGGUGCACUGAGAUCAUGAGUCUGUCAUUUUUACUUUCAAUAGAAGAGAAUAUUUAUAACUCAAGGUCGAACUGUGGAGUCCUUGGUGCUCUCUGAGCUUGGUUGUUUGCUUGCAGA